UGACGCCAUGGCAGACAUGUUAGAAAGUAAUGAUUUAUGCAAUGUUGUUGACGCUUGCUAGGAAGAUAAAUUAUCAGUCAUGACCAAAACCAAAAGUACAUAUAAAACAAACCAGAAGAUGUCAGUUCCACCCUGCUUACUGACAGAGGUCACAAGCCUCGAAAGUUUUCUCAUAGCGACAGAGAGCGCCCUGAACCAUAUGAUAUUUCCUUGUAUUUUAGUCGGUUUAGCAGUUGUGGAUAGUACAUUACUUUUUGAGUAUUUGCAAACAUAUAAGUUUCAGCUCUUUAAUAGCACAGAACUUGUCUGGAUUACACAGACGAUCAUUUGGCUGCUCUCAAUUGUCGCACACUUUGCACUGGUUAGGAAGAUCACACGGCUGGUUCGAAGACUGUAUAUAAUCGUAACAUUGGGCAAGGGUACGAGGUGUAUCAGAGACUUGAGAAAGGACCAGACUACAAGCUUAAAUGAUAUUCCGACCCUUAAACUGGAUGACGUCAUUCGGCGUUAUGCCUGGCAGAAGCUGCUAGAAAAAUCCCCGGAACACGAGAGAGAUUAUAUGCUGAUGCAUCAGAACAGCUUCAUCUAUUACAUCAACUGGAAGGCGCUAACCAUUGACCACGGCGUCCCCAAGUUUUUCACCAAGGUGAAGGACGGGAGUGUGAUCAAAACCCGCCGAGGUGACGUAAGAACAGGCUCCGAAUGGGUGACGCUCUUGUCAUGUUACUAUGACAACAAAGCCGGCAGUAAACAAUGUCAUUCCUUUAAAGGAUCCCGUAAAACAGCAUCGUGGGUGGACGUGGACCUAGAACAGUGUUACACUGUCAACAAGAAGAUGCGUGUUAAGUUAUACCUUUCGGAAGUCCUAAUGCCGUUUUUAAGAAUGGCCAAAGACAAUAAUCUAAAUCUAAAAAUGGACAACCCAAGAUUUUUCCUUGAGACUCACACAUGGGAGGUUAACUCUCAGGUUGAAGUUGAGCCAUCGUCUCGAGCCCAUGCUCAGCUGUUAGCGAGACAAGAGUGCUCUGUCGUGGAGUUUGAGAUUCGAACCACUUUGUCCAACCCUAAAGGUUUGUUUGCCGUAUUUUUGAGUAAAGACACCGAACAUGUCGUGAACCUUGACAAUUUACUCGAGGCUUUUCAUCUUGAGGAAAAAGGCGGAGUUCUUCAACCGGAAGAAAAACCGUUUGUGGAGUUAAUUGAGAAGAAGUGGCUGGACAAAGAUGGCGUCGAGCACGUGACCUACCACCCCCAGAUCAUCACCCGGGGCUCUAUGGUCUGCCUCAGCUGGUCUGAACAUAAAUUGCACAUCAAGACCAGUCCAUUGUCCAUGGACGAGUCCACUGCUAAUGGAGACAACAACAUGGACAAGACGCUCGUCGGUCACACAGAAGAAGACGCGAACGCCAGUUCCUUCUUUGUUGUCAAUUAGCUACACAUGUAUUCACUCUUACACAGGAGUCGUACGUGUAGUCUAUGUGGUACUGUAAGUCAUGGUUGGGUUGUUGGAGGGGACGUCAAGUUUAUGGAGGUGUAUGCAAUUGGGUUGUUAGAGUGUCGUCAAGUUUAUGGAGGUGAUUGGGUUGUUAGAGGGGACGUCAAGUUUAUGGAGGUGAUUGGGUUGUUAGAGGGGACGUUAAGUUUAUGGAGGUGAUUGGGUUGUUGGAGGGGACUUCAAAUUUAUGGAGGUGAUUGGGUUGUUAGAGUGGACGUCAAGUUUAUGGAGGUGAUUGGGUUGUUAGAGGGGACGUCAAGUUUAUGGAGGUGAUUGGGUUGUUAGAGUGGACGUCAAGUUUAUGGAGGUGAUUGGGUUGUUAGAGGGGACGUCAAGUUUAUGGAGGUGAUUGGGUUGUUAGAGGGGACGUUAAGUUUAUGGAGGUGAUUGGGUUGUUAGAGUGGACGUCAAGUUUAUGGAGGUGAUUGGGUUGCUAGAGGGGACGUCAAGUUUAUGGAGGUGAUUGGGUUGUUAGAAGGGACAUCAAGUUUAUGGAGGUGAUUGUAGUUGGGUUGUUAGAGGUAUCUUUUCAAAAUCAAUUUUAAAUCCUGAUUCAACAGUUUAAAGAUCUAGAACAUAAAAUUAAGAAAAUUACCUCAUACACAGUAGGGCAUACAUUUCGUUAAAAAUAUUCAAAAAACAGCAGCUCACAAAUCUACUAAUGUAUACAUUUAUCUGUUUUAAUUUUAUCUUAGUUUAUAUUUUUACUAAUUAUAUAAUUAUCUAGGCCGUUUGUUGUGGCUGAAUAGGAUGAAUUUAAAAAUGAAUAAACCAUCCU